UAAAAUUAUCAAAAUCAUCUUGUUUUGAAAAAUUCAGAAAGUGAUCAAGGUGAAAUUCUAGCAGUUUCUUUUUGUGCGUGUGUAUUUUUUCUCUCCUGGAUCCUUCAUUACUCCUAGGUGAACAGAUGCCAAAACAGACUGAAUUUAUUGCAGAGUUGGUUUUCCAUUUGUCAAAUUUGCUCGAGACACCUAACCAACUAAUUUUUUUUCUCCAUGUCCAAAUCAAAAAUUCCAUCUCGUGCGCAAUUAGCCCCGGCCAUAGCUUUAAUGCGUCAUUAGUAGGCUACCAGUGGGGGCUCCAAAAUGGUCCAAGCAUCAUCACUUUACUUUGGAUUUGCUCCUGCCUCUUUGCACAUUCUCUUAUUUUGUAGCCUUCCUUGGGUCAUUAGGUAGGGUGAUUUUGGCGGAUUUAGCUCCUCAUUGAUCACCUCCCCAAUCAAUGCCAGAUGGUGACACUGCUGAAGAUGCAAGACAAGCUUGCGAGAAAACAGUGGUAGCUUAUUAUGAAUAUUAUUUCCUCUCACAAAAAAAUGGUGCCCACAACUUGUCCUGACACCGGUGGAUUUGUCUCUAUGCUGAUAGUAAUAGCUGGAUGAAUCAUGGAGUGCUUAACAAUGCGCCUACUUAGCAAUAGUGUUUAUGGUCGGUUGGCCUUUGCAACUUGCAAAAAAGAAACCAAAGAACCGUGGAAGCAAUCCAUCUUCUCUUUUUCUAUGUCAUUUUCAUUGCUUUAACUGUUAUCUGAAGAAGCUGCUGGUUAAUACUGCCACCUGGCUGCUACAGGUAGUUAAUUGUGUGAUGUCCAAAGAAUAAUCGUGCACAGAUUUACUAGUCCUAAUCAAUGUUUCUUGUAGAGGAGCAUGUAUAAGCUGUAUGUAGAGGCACAUAAUAAGCUGUAUGUAUAAGAUGUGUGGAGUGAAGGCCAGAGUUAUGGAUCCCUGAACAAAUAACUCCCCCUGCUUUUGACACCCCAAACCGAAACAUAUAAAUGCUGCAAUGAAUAAAGCAGGUAACUUUACACUAUCACAGAUUCACAGCCCUAGCAUCUGCUUCUCUGGUCAGCUUCUUUCUCCUCUAGAUGAGUGCAGCAUGAGUACGAGGAGGAGGGAGGAGGAGGAGGAGGAGGGAUGGGCGAUGGCGGAAGGGAAUGCAGAUGAGGGAGAGACAGCGGUGGCGGCCUGAGGAAGACGCCAUCCUCCGCGCGUACGUCCGGCAGUAUGGGCCCCGGGAGUGGAACCUCGUCGGGCAGCGGAUGAACGCCGCCCUCGACCGCGACGCCAAGUCCUGCCUCGAGCGGUGGAAGAACUACCUCCGGCCGGGCAUCAAGAAGGGGUCGCUCACCGACGACGAGCAGCGGCUGGUCAUCCGGCUGCAGGCGAAGCACGGGAACAAGUGGAAGAAGAUCGCCGCCGAGGUGCCCGGGCGGACGGCGAAGCGGCUGGGGAAGUGGUGGGAGGUGUUCAAGGAGAAGCAGCAGCGGGAGCUGAGGGACAGCCGCCGCCCGCCGCCGGAGCCUAGCCCCGACGAGCGGGGGAGGUACGACUGGUUGCUGGAGAACUUCGCGGAGAAGCUUGUCAAGGAGAGGCCCGUCGCCGUCGCGCCGCUGCUCAUGGCCGCCCCGAUGCUCCCGCCGUGGAUGUCGUCGUCGUCGGUGGCGGCGGCGCCGCCGCCGCCCUCGUCGCCGUCGGUCACGCUCAGCCUCGCGUCGUCCGCGGUCACCGCGGCGGCGGCGCCCACGCCUGGUCCGGCUGCGGCUGCGGCUGCGGCGCCGUGGAUGCAAGUGCAGCAGCCUCCGCCGCAGCCGGAGUUUGCGGCGGUGGGGCCAGCCGGCGGCGAGGCGGUGGCGGAGCUGGUGGAGUGCUGCCGGGAGCUGGAGGAGGGGCACCGGGCGUGGGCGGCGCACCGGAAGGAGGCGGCGUGGCGGCUGAAGCGCGUGGAGCUGCAGCUAGAGUCGGAGCGCGCGUGCCGGCGGCGGGAGGCGGCGGAGGAGUUCGAGGCGAAGAUGCGGGCGCUGCGGGAGGAGCAGGCCGCCGCCGUGGAGCGCGUGGAGGCGGAGUACCGCGACAAGAUGGCCGGCCUCCGCCGCGACGCCGAGCUCAAGGAGCAGAAGAUGGCCGAGCAGUGGGCCGCCAAGCACGCCCGCCUCGCCAAGUUCCUCGACCAGGUCGCCACCUGCCGCCGCUGGCCUCCCGUCGAGAUGAACGGCGGCGGCGCCCGGUGAUGCCGCCGCCGCCGCCGCGUUUCUUGGACGUGACGAACUUUGUAAAACCUCUGCACGCCGCCGACGCCAUGUCCUUUUGCAUGCUUAGUUGCUCGUUGGACUUCGCUUUCUUUGCUUCUUCUCUUGUCCUUUUUGAAACUGUUGGAAUCUUUGAGUUCACUUCUCUAGAAAAAAAAUGUAAUCUUGAGUCUCUUUUGAUCAUUCCAAGUUCCCUAGCUCUAUUCAAUAAUAAAUGGACCAAAAUUGCAAACCAAAA